AUGUCUGUUUCGGAACUGCAGAAUUCGGACUCGCCUUCGCAAACCUCCAAGCCUAACAACGAGUUUCUGGACGGGCGAAAAAUCCCCCCUUACGCCUGGAAAAAGUCCAUUCUGGACUGGUGGAGCCACUCGUGGAGCAAGACCUAUUCCGACAGCAACAUCGAAACCAGGCUCCUUUCGUUCUUGCCAUUCUUCCCAAAGCCCGACGGUCUGCGCAAGGCCCAACUUAUUGAUACUGAUGUCGGAGGCGGGAAUUUCAUCCACGAAUUCUACAUUGAAAACACGGCUGCCCCAGAUCCUAGUCAUGGCUCAUCGGCACUCGCGGCAAGCCCCGUCAAAGACAUUGUUCUUAUCCACGGGUAUGCGGCAUCGCUCGGUCUCUUUUUCGAUAAUUUCGACCGGUUGUCGUCGAUUCCCGGCGUGCGCAUACAUGCAAUCGACAUGCUUGGGUUCGGCUUCUCGUCGAGACCGGAUUACCCCAAAUACAAAAAUGACACUGUUGCCCAAGUCCAGCAAAACGAGGACUGGUUCAUCGACUCGAUCGAGGAGUGGCGCAAGCGCCGUGGGAUCGAGAAGUUCGUGCUCAUCGGCCAUUCUUUUGGCGGCUACCUCAGCUGUGCCUAUGCAAUGAAGUACAACCAGAAGCGGAUCGACGAAAACAAGCAAAGCUUGAUAGACAAAUUGAUUCUUCUCAGUCCCGUGGGUGUUGAGCGCCACGCAAACUCUCUCUUGAAGGACAAGUUCGAGUCUGCCCAUCAGGUGUCGUUUUCCGAGCGGGCUGCCGAGAAUUUGGAGGAGCCCGAAGUGGAAAUCUCCCGUGAAAUCACAAGCAACCAAGAAGACAUUAUCGCCGGCUCGGACCACUCGAGCAGCGAGACUCUUGCGAACGCAGAACCCAACGGCUCGCCCAAGGCUGUGGAUCCCGAGAAGUCCAAGUCCUUGCGCCAGAAAAUCAUUCCUUGGCUCUGGGAGAAACACGCGUCGCCUUUUGCCAUUGUACGCAGAUGCGGGCCCAUCCGGUCGAAAAUGAUCUCCCGAUGGACCACGCACCGGUUUUCGCAUGUUUACUACACCAACCCGGAGAAAUUCCAGGGCAUCCACGACUAUUUCUAUCGAGUGUUCAACGGGGCAGGGAGCGGCGAGUACGCCAUCACGCGGAUUUUAGCUUACGGAGCCCUUGCCAGGCUACCCUUGCUUGACCGGUGCCCCGAAAAAUUUGUGCAGAUGGACCUCCCCACUUUGUGGCUCUACGGAGACAAGGACUGGAUGAACAGAGACGCAGGCAAGGAGAUGGUGAAGGAAAUCAACGGCCUUUGCGAGUCUAAGGGUAGGCCCGAGCUCGCCAAGUUCGGCGUGAUCAGCAAUGCCGGCCACCACUUGUACUUGGAUAACCCAGACGAAUUUGCCGACACGAUUUUCGGCUUUUUGGACAAAAGCGAGGGCUGA